AUGUUCUACAAGAUCGUCCUUCAGCGUACGGUGAACGUAAAGCCGGCGGACCUGUGCAACACGCUGAAUCGCAGUCUUCUCACCUUCCUGCGAGAGGCGGUCGAGGGAAAGCCGCUGCCGUCGCCAGACAGCGUUGCUAGUAUCGCACUCGACUACGUCACGGCAAGCAAGUCCUCGGCGGUGGUGAUUGCCGUGCUAGAUAUCCUCAAUGCGGAGACACUGCAAGGGAAGGUUCUCGAUGACGGAAGUGUGUCCUUCCGGCUCACCUAUGAGGCGAUGGUGCUGAAGCUGCACCGAGGUGAGGUGCUGGACCUGCUGGUCAGCGAUGUGGACGAGACAGGCUUCUGGGCGAGCGUCUAUGGCGUCAAUAAGCUUUUUGUGAACCGCAACCAAAUGGGUGAGGACAUGAAGACGGGAAGGUCGGAGUGGUCUUUUGAGGCGGAGACAGCCGCGUGGGUCAGCAACGACGAUCGCCGCUCCAUCAAGAAGGAUACAAUGGUGCGCCUGCGCGUGCUUGCGGAAACCCCGCAAUCCGAACGCGGCAUGGCGGUCGGCACCAUUGGUGCCCCGUUUCUGGGACCACGCGUCGGCAGCUAUUAG